AUGCUAUCCUCAACUCCUAAGGUUCUCAGAACCUCGCUCUUUGAGCAGUUCUCUUCUCGCUCUUUCUCUUCUCGUUCUUCUGCUUCUCGUGCUUUUACUCCUCGAUUCCAACUACAGCGACUCCCGGCGCGUCGUUUCUAUUCUUCUGAGCCCCCCAAGAAGCCAUCUGGUGUCAAGUUCUGGCCUUUCCUUGCUGUCGUCAUUGCAGGAAGCGGCGCUUACAAGCUCCUCGUUGACCAAAGAGCCGAAAUGGCAUCCCUCCCCACCCCCGAAGCUUCCAAGCAGCUCCCCUCCCCGAUAAAGUCCACACCUACCUUCUCCCCCGAUGAAGUAACCGUCCUCUUCGUCCUUGGCGGUCCCGGCGCCGGCAAGGGCACCCAAUGUGCCAGACUCGUCUCCGACUACGGCUUCACUCAUCUUUCUGCCGGCGACCUCCUCCGCGCCGAGCAGGACCGUCCCGGCUCGCAAUUUGGCCAGCUGAUCAAGGACUACAUCAAGGACGGUCUGAUCGUCCCGAUGGAGGUCACUGUGCAGCUGCUCGAGAACGCCAUGACGGAGACCAUCAAGACCACCGGCAACAAGCGAUUCCUCAUCGACGGCUUCCCGCGCAAGAUGGACCAGGCCGUCAAGUUCGAGGAGGCCGUGUGCCCCGCGAAGCUUGUUCUCUUCUACGAUUGCCCUGAGGAUGUCAUGGAGGGACGCUUGCUGGAGCGCGGCAAGACGAGUGGACGUGCCGACGACAACGCUGAGAGCAUCCGCAAGCGCUUCCGCACAUUUGUCGAGACGUCGAUGCCUGUCGUUGAUUACUUUGCCAAAGAGGGUCGCGUUGUGAAGCUCGAUGCGACGCCCCCGCCGGCGGAUGUAUACUCCAAGACUCGCUCAGAGCUGUCCAAGAGGCUUGGAAUUUAA